AUGCCAGUGAUGCCUAACUCUUGUGUUAUUUGCUUAAUAUCUUUUAUUCACUGUAGCCGACGCCCUGUUCCUACUCGCCGAGCAGUGGGUGCAGCACCCCAGCCGCUUAGUGUGGAUGAUAGCAGUGAUGAUGGCUCCAGCUCUGAUGAUGACAGCUCAGCCAUAUCUCUGCAAGAAAAGAACAACAGUACCAGCACUUGCUAUGUCUCCUUUCAGGAGUUGUUGCCGUCUAUGCAAGAUGUGUAUGGUGUUGGACUGAAGGAACCAAAGGAACAGAGUAUGGAGGGCUAUGAUAGGUUUGUUCAAUUCGGAAAGACUGCCCUACCCGAUAAGGAAAACCCUGGAGUAAAGCACAUUCGUUACAACUGGGCAACACACAAACCCUUCACGUUGGACUGUAAUCACAAAGUCAGGCCUCCCACAGUGGACCGCCCGUCUGAAGCUCUGUACAAAGCUUACAUACAUGCUGGAAAAAAUGGUCGUUUUUGGCCGUCACCGGUCAGCGUUGAGGUUUAUAGGAAAUACGUAAGCAAGAACUAUCAGUAAGCAAACGAAAAAAAGAAAAUCAUCGACGAGUUUGCAAGAAAUAGAGCUUUGGACGUAAGCAACCUCUUUCACUAAGAGUGGACACCACACUGAACUGUUACAGUGAGCAGUCUUAGACUGUCUUAGUGUGUAUUUUUUGGAAUUAAAUGAACGUCUUCAGAAAUCACAUGACAGAAUAUUCAGUAGUGUCAGUGGAACAAGCACUUUUUGAUUGUGACUAAGCCGUUUGCACGAUCCGGUCACAUGGUACGGAAUUAAUUACGCUGGGACGCAAGUUACACAGCGGG